AUGAUAAUUCCAGAGAAGAACCGUAAAGAGAUCUGCAAAUACCUCUUCCAAGAGGGAGUUUGCUAUGCGAAGAAGGACUUCAACCUUGCAAAGCACCCAGAGAUCGAUGUUCCAAAUCUGCAGGUGAUUAAGCUGAUGCAGAGCUUCAAGUCGAAGGAGUACGUGCAUUGUGCCCGCUACUUUGAAGAAGUCUUCACCAUGUUGAAGAACACCAUCCUCUGGUGCAAAGAUUUCAGAAUCGAGUCCCUGGUUGAAGAAGAUCUGGGGACUGAGCUCGAUAAGGUGGUUUUCAUGCAUGGAUUCGACAAAGAAGGACACCCAGUUUGCUACAACGCUUAUGGGGAGUUUCAGAACAAGGAUUUGUAUCACAACACCUUUUCUGAUGAAGAAAAGAGACAGAAGUUCAUCCGAUGGAGGAUUCAGUUCUUGGAGAAGAGCAUCAGGAAGCUUGAUUUCAGCCCAGAUGGGAUAUGCACUUUUGUUCAGGUCAAUGAUCUCAAGAACUCUCCAGGACCCUUCAAGAGGGAGCUCAGAACAUCCACCAAUCAAGCCCUCCAAUUGCUUCAGGAUAAUUACCCUGAGUUUGUCGCCAAACAGAUGUUCAUCAAUGUUCCAUGGUGGUACCUGGCCUUCUAUAGAAUGAUCAGUCCUUUCUUCACCCAAAGGACCAAGAGCAAGUUUGUGUUUGCAGGCCCUUCCAAAUCUACUGAAACCCUCUUCAAAUACACCGCGCCUGAACAAGUACCAGUACAGUAUGGGGGGCUUAGCAGGGACGGCGAACAAGAAUUCACCACUGCUGAUGUUGUCACAGAGGAGACUAUCAAGCCCGCAAGCAAACACACCGUUGAAUUCCCAGUUUCUGAGGCUUGUACUUUGGUUUGGGAAGUGAGAGUGAUUGGAUGGGAUGUGUGCUAUGGAGCUGAAUUUGUGCCUGGUUCUGAAGGCGGAUACACGGUGAUUAUACAGAAGUCGAGGAAGAUUGUACCAGCCGACGAAACCGUGGUCUCUGGAAGCUUCAAGAUUGGGGAAAGUGGGAAAGUUGUGCUCACAUUUAACAACCAAACCUCAAAGAAGAAGAAGCUACUCUACAGGUCCAAGACCAAGCCUUCUUCUGAUUAAAGAGCUCAAGAAU